AUGGCAGUGGUUCACUUUGCUGCUCUAAUGACCGAAACAUGGUCAAAAAGCUGGGCACCCACACACAUUGUGCUCGUGGCACUUGGAGUCUACGUCACGAUUCGGGCUUAUCAGAUAUCAAGUGACCCAUUAAAAUCAGUUCCCGAUGCGGCGUUUGGAGCGAGAUAUACACGAUUGUGGUAUCUCUGGCAAUUAUGGCGGGGCGACUUCCAAAAUACCAAUAUUCAGCUGCACAAGAAAUACGGCAAAAUAGUCCGCACAGCACCCAACCAGUACAGUAUCGAUGAUCCGGAGGCUGUCAAAGUCAUUUACGGGCAUACCACGAGGUUCACUAAGGGAGACUGGUAUUUGGCAUCUGCAGCGCCACAAACACUUCCGACGAAUCUGUUCGCACAGCAAGAUCAAAAGAAGCAUGCCGAACUUCGUCGAAGAUUCAACAAUUUCUAUGCAAUGUCCACGCUAGUCCAAUAUGAAUCUCAUGUCAACGAGUGCAUUUCUCGCUUUUCUGAGAAGCUGAAAGAGUUUUCUGAAAGCAAGGAGCACAUUGACAUCGCUCAUUGGCUGCAGUGUUACGCCUUUGAUGUUAUUACAAAGAUCACGUUUGACCGUAGAUUUGGUUUCCUUGAAAACGGCGAGGAUGUUGGAGGUGUGAUUCAGUCCAUUGACAACUUCAAUCUUUACGCAACCUUGAUGGGGGUGUUUCCUUGGUUGCAUGCCAGGCUUUCAGUCUUCGGGCCUUUAGUUGGACUAAAGUAUAUCAUUGGCUAUGUGAACCAGGCGUUGGGAGAACGCCGUCAAGCGAAGGCUCAAGGUCUAGAUCUUUCCACCGUGCCUGACUUCGUCUCCAAGUUUUUUGUCAAUAACGAAAAGGAUCCUGAAGGUUUCACGAUGUUGCACAUUUUCGGUGGCGCAGCCACCAAUGUUGUAGCGGGAACCGACACAACUGCUAUCUCUCUAUCAUCGAUUGUUCGCCAGUUAGCCACACAUCCGGAUGUUCUCACAAAGCUGCGAGCAGAAAUACAGGAUGCAAAGGCAGCCGGCAAAAUAUCUGACCCAAUCACGUUCCAGGAGUCACAGGGUUUGACUUACUUCCAGGCUGUGAUAAAAGAGUCUUUACGGGUGCACCCUGCCGCAGGCUUGCCUAUGUGGCGCGUCGUCCCCGAGGGAGGAGUAAUAAUUGCAGGUCGACACUUUCCAUCAGGUACUGAGGUAGGCAUAAACGCUUGGGUGGCUCACCGGAACGAAGAUGUCUUUGGAUCAAACCCAGAACUUUUCCGACCUGAAAGAUGGCUUGUUGAUCGAGAGCAGGCAGCAGCUAUGGAGCAUUAUUUCUUAUCCUUCGGUGCCGGCUCGCGUACCUGUAUUGGACGCCAUAUCAGCAUGCUUGAGAUUUCCAAGUUGGUACCUCAGUUGUUCCAGCAGUUUAAUGUUCUCCCAGCAUCUACAUGGGCAGACAUCAAAGAACUAAACCGCUGGUUUGUCAAACCGAAAGGAUUGCAAGCAGUGGUGGAACUCAGGGAAUAG